GCCCCGCCGGCUGGCCGCCGGGUGCUCCGGGCCAGGAGCUCGCCCUGACGGGGAUCCCGCUGAAGCCGCCAACCAGAACCAGGCUCCGCUUCCUCUAGUGGGCGUCUUCACGGCCCCAGAGCAGCUGGAACCAAGAACUCUAAAUCAUGGAUGACCAAAGACCUCCAGGAGAUAGUGCCCAAAUCAGCCUCCAGAAUGCUUAUCCUCUCCCCGAGGCUGACUACUCAGUGCCACUACCUGGCUAUUCAGGUGCUGGUCCAGUGGACUCUCCUGUCCAACACCAGCCAGUGUAUAAUCAGCCAGGUGGACAAGCAGGGGUACCGUGGAUGCCAGCACCACCACCUCCAUCAGACUGUCCACCAGGGUUGGAAUAUUUAACUCAGGUAGAUGAGAUACUGAUUCAUCAGCAGAUUGAUCUUCUGGAAGUCAUCAUACAUAUUGAAACAAAUAACAAAUAUGAAAUUAAGAACAGCCUUGGACAGAAGAUUUACUUUGUCACCGAGGAUAGUAAUUUCUGUACCCGAAAUACUUGUGGGGCUCACCGGCCUUUUACCAUGAGGAUUCUUGAUCUUAUGGGCCGAGAGGUCAUAACUCUGGAGAGACCAUUAAGAUGUACCAGCUGUUGUUGUUGCCCCUGCUGCCUUCAGGAGAUAAAAAUCUAUGCUCCUCCUGGUACACCAAUAGGUUAUAUUAUUCAGACCAAGCACCCAUAUCUGCCUAAGUUUACAAUUCAAAAUGAUAAUAAAAAGGAUAUAUUAAGAAUUAUCGGUCCAUUUUUUGCAUGCAAAUGUUGUGGAGAUGUUGAUUUUGAGAUCAAAUCUCUUAAUGAAGAAAAUGUGGUUGGCAAGAUUUCCAAGCGGUGGACUGGUUUUGUGAGAGAAGCAUGUACAGAUUACAGUGACUUUGACAUCCAGUUCCCUUUAGACCUUGACGUGAAAAUGAAAGCUGUGAUGCUUGGUGCAUGUUUCCUCAUUGUGAUUCAAUAUGCAGCCAAAAUCAAGGACACCUGGAAGACAGCAACUGUUCUCAAUCCUAGCUGCACAGUAGGAACACCUGUGUAGCUUUUUAAACUCCCUGUAACAAGACUGCACCCAGAUAGUGAAUCAAAAUCUCUGGAAAUGGGACCAAGCUUUAAGCUGUUAACCUUUCAGAACUCACGGGCCAUCAGUUGUCUGCGGACCACUGGUUGGUACUGCUGGUUUAGAUCACUCAAGCAUAGUUUGGAACCACUAAAUGAAUAUCUGAAAUAUUUAUUUGGGGAUGCACUCAGAAAAAAAAUAAAACAUGAGAGAAUAUACAGCAAAAGGAUCCAGUUCCUUCAACCAACAAAUGUCAGGAAAAUAAAA